UUCUUUUUAAAGUCGAAUUAAUAUCUGCGUUCAUAACACAAAAGAUUAAUAAGUAAUUAAUGUUAACCGUUUUCUGACGACUAUAUGAUUCAAUAAUAUUAGUUACAGUGACAGAAAAAUAUUGGGGAAAGCUAACAGUGUCAAGAGAACAUUUCAAAAUGGAGACGAGCGAUCCGUCGGGUAGACUAACGGCGGAAGACUUAUCGGAUUGCAUAAGUGACAGUAGCCACUCGGAAUCUCAGUUAAGAGCAUUUCAAAGUUAUGAGCGCAUUAAAGAACUUAAUCUAUCCAUUGAUAAAACCAAAGAAGACGCAUCGACGGAACCAAAGGAUUUUCAUCUUAGUCUCGAAGGCAACGAUAGAACGUCCCUUCGAUUCAACGAGUUUCCAUGCGAAAACUCGACCAGGAAUCUAACUAUGACGUUGAACAAGGCUAAAGAUUUCGCUUAUUCUACCAAUAAUUUAACUGAGAUUAAUUAUUCAUUAGAUAGAUCGAACGAGAAUGAGGAGUCAGCUGACGCUGCGACACUUUGCAGAUCGAAAAAUUCAAGCGCUAAGAAUGCGCUGUUUAAUUUGCGGGAAACCAAACAAAGGAGUCCUCAUGCGUCGUUGUCCUCCUUAGACAGGUACAGCAAGGAUCUCAAUUUUGUAGUGGAAAAGGAAAUGAAGGACUUCGGCCUGCUCAAGAAUUAUAAUCUUGAUCGCAUGAAAGAGUUCAAUUUUUCUCUGGAUAGAAUGAGGGACACUCACAUUAGCAGUUUGGCCCUCGAAAGAUUGCGCGGCGGUGCCGGUGUACUGGAAAAUUCGAGCAUGCUGGAUCACAAAGAAUUCAGGAAUUUGCAAGUACAGCCGAGGAAUCCCGAUCUCGAAGCCAUAGCUUUGGAGCGUAUGAGACGCUCGCAUCUGCUUGGUACGGAAUUAUCUGCGCAAAAUUUGUCGACGCAAGUACCGCAUUCGCACUCGAUCACGCAUAUGCAGCACUCUCAACAACAACAGCAGCAACAAGCGAAGUCUUUCACCAUCGACGCGAUCCUAGGCCUGAGGAAUAAUCAGCGAGAAAAGCGAAGUCAGCAGCAACAAUACAGAAAACAUCAAGGCCAGGAAAGCUCGACAAAGAACGGCAAUUCGAGUUCCAGUUCUGGCGGGGGCGGCAAAGUGAAGAGGGUACGAACAAUUUUCACGGCAGAACAAUUGGAACGUCUGGAGGGUGAAUUUGCACGUCAGCAAUAUAUGGUGGGCCCUGAAAGAUUGUACUUGGCUCACGCACUUCGAUUGACCGAGGCCCAAGUUAAGGUCUGGUUCCAGAAUCGUCGCAUCAAGUGGCGAAAGUUGCAUCACGAGCAACAGAGCCAGAGAGUACAUGAAUUCCAGCGCACGUUGAAUUCUUCGUUGGAGCACGAAGACAGCAACGAAACCGACAAAUGGUGAAACAGAAAAUCA